AUGCCUCGGCUGGGAUUGGGCACCACCAUGCUGAAUGGGGAGAAGGGAAAGGAAGCCAUAUUGGAAGCCUUCCGCUUGGGAUACCGCCUGGUGGACACUGCACAGUCCUACGGGAACGAGGCCGGUUCAGGGGACACUGCACAGAGGCUGUUUACCUGCUCGCUCCAAAUCCAUGGUCGGACUUCAGAGGCAGAGCUUGGCUCCGCCUGGCGUUCCUCCGGCUUGCCGCGCCACCAGCUCUUCCUCGUGACGAAGCUCUCAGAGGAUGAAGGCUGCCGUCGAAAGAGGGCCAAGGACCUGGAAGAGCUCUACGACGAGGGUGUGGUGCGGUCCCUGGGUGUGUCGAACUUCAACCUGGAAGAGCUGAAGCGAUUCAACAGUCAUGUGCGCGUGAAGCCACAUGUGGUACAGAACAAGUUUUCCAUCUACCACCGUGGAUGGGCCCCAGUGCAGACGCAGGAUGUAGCUCAAAAGCUGCUGAGCUGGGGAGUGGUGCUGAUGGGCUACUGUAACUUGGACGCGUAUCCUCAUGUGCUCCAGCCACUUGAAGAUGUCCAUGUGAAGAAGAUCGCCCAAAAACACCACCGCACGGUGGCACAAGUGCUGCUGCGCCACGCCUUGCAGCACGGUACCGUGACUCGACUCCCGACGACGCGAUGUUCCGUGGGUCCCGACCGUCGGACGUCGGGACGAACGUGGUAG